AGAACUCAUAGUUCAUACUCUAUACACACUUAUCUCUUUCUCCACAUUAUUUGUUCAAAUCUCUUUAGUUAUAGGAUAUGGGUAUCAAUUAUCCAACAAUGGUGCUCUCGUUGAGAGGUUUGAACACAAUCAAGUUAGAAAACAUCCCCAAAAUACAAAAAUUCAUACGAAUCACAAAAACUCAACCAAGAAACGUUCUGGAAAAAAAUCAAAGAUACAGCAAGAAUAGAUCGGGAAUUUUAGAUCUAGGGUUUUCAGAUCCGCGCCAAAUUUCCGGAGCUGUCUUUGUCGCCGUUGUCCAUGCUGUCGUACGCCAUCUGCUAAGCUCGCUGCACCAGUUGGAGUUCGCUGGGUCGUUCCCAAGAAGUACCAUCGCCGCUCCAGACCUCACGUGUCAUCCGUUCGCUAAAUCUGUUUGGAGGGUGACAUUGAAAGGCGGCCGAUGUAAUCUUCGCCAUCACUGGGUCAUCAUGCACCGCCAGUACAGGUGUCGUCACUGUUUCCGCUCAUAGCUCCUCCUUUCCAGUCGCCGGUCGUUCCUCCACUUCACCGGCCGCCGCUCGCGAGUCCACCUUGCCAUUGACGUGGCAUGAGAUAUCUGCCGGUUAAAGGUUCGUCAUUAAUGGUGGCUUGGAGUUCAUGAGAAGCAGAUCCAAAGCUAGUUGGGGCCACCCUCUUUGUCCUGUCGCUAGUUCACCCUUCUCUUCAUACCGAGCUAUCCACAACCAUCCUCAGUUGUUGUUCGGUGUGGCGGACCGGAACUGCGCACCGUUUGUUCUCAUUCAGCAACUAUGGUGGUCAAUGUUGUUGCCUCGCCACUUGUGAUUGCAAAGUGUGGCUUCUUCUGGUACUGGUGAGCUGCGCAGAUGAUGGACGAGCCGGCGUGGACAUGGUUUGAUAUCCCAAGAGGCAUAUAACCAGUUGACCCAAUUAACCAUUCAACUCUCAACUGUAGUGGAUAAAAGAGAACGUACGUGGAUGCAUUCCAGUCCAUAAAGAUUAAAAAAGAUAAGUACUUCGUAUUCUUUAAUUCUAAUAUGAGUAUUAUUUAUAUUUAUUUAAAUCAUUUUUUUGUCGGGUGAAUGUCACACUAUCACACACUUAUGAUCAAAUGCCUAGUAGAGUGUGGCUUGAGACCCAUCACUAGGAUUUAAAGCCCUGACCAAGAUCAGGCACAAAGCCCCAACCAAGUCGGGCACGAAGACCGGUCUUAGUCAUUCCUCGAGUGGCGACCGUUGCUUACGAAUGGCUCACACAUCCAUUCUACUAAGUAUUUUAUCAUUACAUUAACAAUUCACAUCUCCACUUAUUUCAAGUGAUGAACUCCCGAUCGGAAACAUAAAUCCCAAGAAAAAAAUUAUAUGUAUGUUAAAUGUGUAGGUACAAAGAUGACUUUACUCAUUUUCACCUCCGUCUCCACUCGCCUCAAGGAGUGGGGGACUAGGGGACUGAGAGGUCAGAGUUUCUAGAUGAGCAGAAAAUAUCAUGCAUGAGCAGGAACGAGAGCUGAGUCAGUUGAAGAGGAGCUGAGCUAGAUUGAUUAUGCCGGAGGGGACUUACCUUCCUUGUUUCAUGUUGGGGGCGCUAGGUGUACUCUUUUUCCCUUCAUUAGGAUUUUUUUUCCCAUUGGGUUUUUUCCUAGUAAAGGUUUUUGACGAGGCACCUCCCCAUCAUGGACAAGGGUGGUGGUCCCCCGGCCGGAGAGGAAGAAACCAAAGACAGAAGAACGUUGCAGAUACAAUUUGGACUACUCCCUUUCGCCUCGAGUACUCUCGACUCAGGGAGUGGGGGACUCCUGAUGGAGUAUAUGGACUCCGACCCCCCGGUCUGCCGACUACUGGGUCUGGACAGCGGCCCACACACGUUUAUCGGAUUCAUAUUAUUGUACAUUAUUAUUAUUAAGAUGUUCUAUAUUAGCUUUUUAUACUAUAGUCCAUUUAUGUAACCGGGUCUAUCGGACCCAUAUUAGGGACACAGACCCGGAUUUCCCUAUAUAUACUCCCUUAUGUAAGGCUUGUAAAUCAUAACUCAUAGAACUCAUAGUUCAUACUCUAUACACACUUAUCUCUUUCUC